AUGUUGUGGCUAAUCGCACUUGUGGUGGGGUACUUGGGUUAUCUGCUACUCAGGUACCAUCAACAUCGCGAAAAGUUGCUGGCAAUACGUGCUAAAUUUGGAGGUCCCGAGUCCGAUUACUUCAUGGGGACAUUUAAGAUGUUUAAAAACAAAAGCAUUCCAGAUAUCUUCGACAUUGUGAUAGGACUUCACAAACGCUACGGACAAGAUGUGGCAAUUAUUGGUGCCUUCAAUGACUUGGUGCUGGAUCUUUCAAGCUCAAAGAAUGUGGAGAAGAUUCUGUUAGCAAAAACCACCAAGAAGUCAUUCGUGUACGAUUAUCUGGAACCUUGGCUAGGAACGGGCCUGCUGAUCUCGUUCGGUGAGAAAUGGUUCCAGCGGCGAAAGAUAAUAACACCGGCGUUUCACUUCAAGAUAUUGGAUCAGUUUAUGGAUGUGUUUAACGAGGAAGCGGAUGUGUUGGUGUCAAAGCUAGAGAAGCACGUUGGUAAGGGAGAGUUUGACAUUUACGACUAUGUCACUCUGUACGCAUUGGACAGUAUUUGUGCAACUUCAAUGGGAGUUCGCAUCCAUGCACAGGAUGAUCCGAACAACGAGUACGCCCAAGCUGUGAAGCAGAUGAGCGUCUUCUUUCUGCGUCGCGUUUUCAGCUUGUUGCGUCAGUUCCCCUCACUGUUCUUCCUGUACCCGUUCGCCCGGGAACAGGGACGUGUCAUCAAGAAGCUGCAUAACUUUACCAACAACGUUAUCGAGAGCAGAAGAUCACAGCUCGAGCAAGAACAACGCCUCGGAAAGGUAGAGUUUGACGUGAACGAGGAUGAUCUGUACUCGAAGCGUCGGAACACUUUCCUCGAUCAGCUGCUGAAGGUGUCGAUCGACGGCAAACCGCUCAGUACGGCUGACAUUCGCGAGGAAGUGGAUACGUUCAUGUUUGAAGGACACGAUACGACCACUUCUGGCAUUUCGUUUACCAUCCUCCAUCUCGCCAAGCAUCAGGAUGUCCAGCAGAGACUGUACGAAGAAAUAGACCGAAUGUUGGGAGCUGAUAAACGGAAAACUCCACUGUCGAAUGCGAUGCUGCAAGACUUCAAGUACCUCGAUAUGGUGAUAAAGGAAUCCCUAAGGCUUGUACCACCAGUACCAAUUAUCGGGCGGAAGCUAUUGGAGGAUAUGGAGAUCAACGGCACCGUCAUCCCAGCGGGCACAUCGAUUUCAAUCAAAAUCUUCAACAUCCACCGCAACCCGUCCGUGUUUCCCGAUCCGGAGCGGUUCGAUCCGGAACGCUUUUCGGAGGCGAACGAAAUCAAGCGCGGCCCGUACGACUACAUUCCGUUCAGUGCCGGCUCGAGGAACUGUAUCGGACAGCGGUACGCACUAUUGGAGAUGAAGGUUACGAUCGUGAAGCUGUUGGCGAGCUAUCGGAUCUUGCCGGGCGAAUCGGUUGGACGUAUCCGGUACAAGACGGAUCUGGUGAUACGGCCGACCGAAGGCAUUCCGGUGAAGCUAGUGAAACGUGCGUGAUUGACGUGUUGGAGUGAUGGAGUACCGUGUGGGUUAGUGAUUGUGUGGUUG